CAAAGUCAAGACCAAGGAUAGAGAUUAAACAUGAUGAAAUCAAUUAAAGUUGCAUGCUUACUUCUUCUCCUAUCAUCCUUACUGUCCGUCAUAAAGAUUUGCACUGCAAUUGAUACCAUCAGUACAACUCAGAUCCUCAGAGAUGGCGACACCCUGGUUUCAUCUGGGGGGAGAUUUGAACUGGGAUUUUUCAGCCCAAAUAACACAAAUAAUCGGUAUGUGGGAAUAUGGUACACCAACGUAACUAUUUUCAAAGCAGUUUGGGUAGCUAAUAGAGAAAUUCCGGUAACGAAUACAUCAGGCAUCUUGAAGGUCCUCGAGCCAGGUGUGUUGGUUCUUCAGAAUGACACUGGUAACAUCAUAUGGUCUUCCAAUACAUCAAGGGUUGCUAAGACUCCAGUUUUGCAAUUGUUGGACUCGGGAAACCUUGUCGUUAGAGAAGCAAAUGAUGAUCGUCCAGAGAAUUUUCUCUGGCAAAGUUUUGAUUAUUUAACCGAUACAUUUCUGCCAGACAUGAAUUUUGGUUGGAACUCUGCAACAGGUAUCCAGAACUACCUAACAUCGUGGAUGAACAAUAAUGAUCCAGCUCCAGGAGAUUAUAAAUAUUACAUAGAUCCAACGGGAUAUCCACAGGAAAAAGAGGUAAUUGGGAUACCAAAUUCAAGGCUGGAUCCAACAUACACCUUUGAAUUUAUCACGGAUGAGAACAAGACAUUAUAUAGGGAAGAAGCUAUUGACAGAUCAGUUAUUUCAAGAGUUACUUUGAGUCUGAAUGGUGUCACACAGCGCUGGAUAUGGGUCCAUCGUAUCCAAGACUGGGUCCUUUACCUGAAUAUACCAUCAGAUUAUUGUGAUACUUAUAAAUUAUGUGGUGCUUAUGGUAUUUGCAAAAUAGCAAAUUCUCCUGUAUGUGGAUGUCUCGAUAGAUUUGUGCCGAAGGAUCCAGAAGGUUGGGUUAGGUCAGAUUGGUCAAAUGGGUGCAUUCGAAGAACACCUUUGAAUUGCGAAAAGGGUGAUGUAUUUUUGAAGUAUUCUGGAGUUAAAAUGCCAGACUCACGAUAUUCUUGGGUUAACAAGAAUAUGACACUUGAAGAAUGCAAAGUAAAGUGUUUAAAGAAUUGCUCUUGUGUAGCAUACACACAAUUAGAUAUCAGCAUAAAGGGAAGUGGAUGCUUGUUUUGGUCUGAAGAAUUGAAUGACAUUAGAGAUCUAUCUGUAGAUGGACAAGAUAUUUACAUUAGAAUGGCUUCUUCUGAGUUGGAUUCAAAAGGAACGAGAAGAAAAAUAUUGAUUUCGAGUAUGACUUCAUUGAUGGGAAUGGUUCUGCUAGGCCUCUGCUUGAUGUUAUAUUACUGGAAAAGGAAGAAAAACUACGCAAAUGGGAUAAUAGGAGGCCAAAACAAAGACUUUGAACUGCCAUUGUUCGACUUAUCUACAGUUUCAAGAGCUACCAAUAACUUUUCAACCAACAACAAGCUUGGACAAGGUGGAUAUGGGCCUGUUUAUAAGGGAGUGCUGGAAAACGGGCAAGAGAUUGCCGUGAAAAGGUUGUCAAAAACUUCCACGCAAGGAAUUAUUGAAUUCAAGAAUGAAGUUAUCUGUAUUGCCAAACUUCAGCAUCGAAAUCUUGUGAAACUUCUAGGAUACUGCAUUCAAGGAGAGGAAAAGAUGUUGAUUUAUGAAUACAUGCCCAACAAAAGCCUGGACUUUUUUUUAUUUGAUGAAACAAGAAGUAAAUUACUUGAUUGGCCCAAGCGCCUCAAAGUUGUUAACGGAGUUGCUAGGGCACUUAUGUAUAUUCAUCAAGAUUCCCAGUUGAGAAUUAUCCAUAGAGACCUCAAAGCUAGUAACAUAUUGCUAGAUACCGACAUGAAACCUAAAAUAUCAGACUUUGGAAUUGCUAAAUGUUUUCGAGAGAAUGAAAUUGAAGUUAAGACAAGUCGAGUGGUUGGAACAUAGUAAGAAACUCAAAAUACAACAUAUAUUUUGUAUACUUCCAUUUGUCAGAAUAUAAUAUAACUAAUACUUUCACACAGCGGCUACAUGUCACCAGAAUAUGCAGUGCAUGGUCGGUUCUCAGCAAAAUCAGAUGUGUUUAGCUUUGGUGUUCUUGUGCUGGAAAUUGUGAGUGGCAAGAGAAAUAGUGGGUUUUCCCGUGAAGAUCAACACCUCAACCUUCUUU